AUAUGACAGUUUUUUCUUAUAAAAGGGAAGAUCGUGAGUGAGGUAGGCAGUUGAGCUUCAGAGUUCAGGGUGGUACAAGAGUGACAAGUGUGAUAAUAAAAUGAGGGCUGUUGUAUAUUCGUUGUUGUUUGCGAUGCAAAUAUCGUUCAUUUAUUCGUCGAAUCCGCAGAUAUAUUCUAGAUGCAAAUUUUGGGAUUCCGGAUGCCUGGCUCGGCAAAUACAGAUCAACGUGCCAUCCUUGGUUUCUGGUAUCAGUAAGUUGGGUACUGAGGUACUGGAUCCAAUGCGCAUUGACCAUGGCGUUAUCGACCUGGCUGGAUUAAAGAUGGAUCUAACAAAUGCGGUUAUACGCGGUUACGGUUCAGCUGUCGUGGAUAGGGCUAGCGUCGAUCCAAUUUCGAGAUACUUAUAUUUGGUGUAUCACACUGAUAUAACAAUAGAUUCUGCAUACAAUGCUGGUGGAAGAUUACUUGGCGCACCGAUUGUUGGUGAUGGGAAUAUAAGGAUAGUAGCGAAAAAUGUACUGAUAGAAGCUCAUCUGCCAUUCGACAUCGUUAACGACGCUCGCGGUAGAGCUGUUAUUGAACUGAAGGGAAUCCAAUACAGACUCAAUUUUAAGGACAACGUGCGCUUUGACCUUUCCAACUUGUUCCACGGUAACAAGGGAUUGAGUGACUCGAUGCAUCAUUUUAUAAAUUCCAACUGGAGGGUAGUAUCGGAUACUUACAGCAGACCAAUUUUCGACAUCGCUCAAGAGAAGCUUCUCAAUGUUCUACGAUCAUACCUCUUGACGCAACCACUUGAGAAUAUGUUCAAUUUCUUUAAUUAGUUUUAACUCAAUAAAGUUCGCAAUUUUGCAUUCCUA